AUGUCAGGUGGCUCUCGGAGCCGAGAUGGCUGCUUCAACUGUCGAAGACGAAAACGAAGAUGUGACGAGGAGAAGCCAACAUGUCGAAGAUGUCAAAGAACAGGAGAUGACUGUGUCUUUCCGAGUCCAGCUUCAGCAUCGAAUCCGUUAAAGUUCAUCGUGGCAGCUUCAAACGAUCAUUAUCUGGUCCCGAGUGAUAACCAGAGUCAUAGCUUUCUGAAUCUCUCACCUCAAGAACUCGUCGCCAUUUGUAAUUCGAGUGAGGGAAGGAUUGUUUGGACGCAGGAAUCUGUUCCCCGCAGUUUGUCACCGUUUGCUUUUGAGUCGGGUCGUUCAGUUGAGAAAGCUCUCGUCCAAUACUUCAUCCCACGAAUGUUCUACCAAGGUCCUCUGUUCUCCGCAGUCCUGGCCAUGAGCGCAGCAGAAUGGGCACAAAACAUUGUCCCAGAUGGAAGAGACUACCGCGCUCUGUCAAUGCAGUACAAAGUCCGAGCUCUCCAUGAACUACAGCACGCUCUUCCAGAUUCCCAAGGCAGUGAGGGCAAUCUUCUCACCUGUGUUCUUUUGGCAUCUCUCGAAAUAGCACAUGGAUCGUGUCCGACAUGGCUCCGUCAUCUUCAAGGCGCACUCGCUCUGCUUGAGAGCUUCGGAAACAGUAUUGACCCUAAUGUGGCCGAGUUUGUACUCCAGUAUUUCCGGUUUCGAUAUAUUCUGAUGGAGACUACACAACCUACCCACCAGGAUUCGUUACACCAAGCAAUGGCUGGGUUGGCCAAAGCUGAGGCUACACUCCCGCAUUCUCGAAAUCUGGUUGAUGAACAGAUUGGUUGCUCAAUGGAUCUCGUCGACAUCAUCAACGAAAUAUCGUCACUGUCCACCCACGACAUAUCCAAGGAUCAACUGUACGCAACGGGCCAGGAAAUUGAACAACGACUUGAGGAUCUCUCUUUUCAGGGCACCGACGACUAUCUCUUACGGAGCGCCGAGUCUUUUAGAAUUGCAGCCCAAAUCUACCUCCGCCUCGUGUGCUACAACACAGUCAUUACCCACCCAUCAAUUCUGGCCCUCCACGAAUCUCUUCUCUCUUGUCUUUCCGAUAUCAUCGUUGAGGGACAGACUCGAAGGUCAUUCCCAAUGUGGCCGCUGUUCUUAGCAGGCUGUGCAUGCUCAUCAGACGAACAACGAAAGGUUGUGUUGGAUCACUUCAUGUUGAUGGAUAGUAAAUGGCCGAUCAGCAACAUAUCUGCUGUUUGGAACGCACUCAAGUUGAUCUGGCAUACAAGAGAUCUUCAGGUAUCGAGUACAAAUCAAGACUGGAGGGAGAUUAUCCACAAGUUUGGAUGGAAGCUCUCAUUAUCAUGA